GUAACGCGCUGGCCAGACGGCGGACAUGACGUCGGAAGCCGCCUGCCGGCCGCCCAGCAGUGCCUUCAAGCUGAACGCCAUCUGCGAGAAGCUCGCCCGCAGCUCGGACCCGGAAGACCUGGCUGCCGCCAUGGUAGCGGGCGGAGGCGACGCCUGCGCCGACGAGGCGCCCGACGACCUGUGUUCGCCGCGGGCGCCGCCCCCUCCUCUCCGGGACCCGGCCGAAGAGGACGACCUCGAUGACGAGAGGCCGCAAGCUGCCUUGAACGGGGCCUUAACGGACGACAACUCGGACGACAACGAAGCGGACGACGACGCGCCGCAGGAACCCUUGGUCGCCGUCAGCACAGCCGCCGCCUCCUCGAUGCCCACGGGCACUGCCUUCAGCGAAGUGCCUUGUCCCUGGCCGGACACUGAGAGUGCCUUGGACGGACGCAUGCGCAACAAGAGGAAGAACUUCCAGCCAAAGAACAUCGCCGCCGCCGUGUUCGCCGACUCGGACGAAGAAGAGGAGGAGGACGAAGACGAGGACGAGCGGGAGGACGCCGAGCAGAGCACGCAACCACCGCCUCCUCUGCUAUUGCCCUCGGUGGCGGACGUCGCCCAGGACGACGACGGCGACGACGAGGACGACGACGGCGCACUCUCGCCGUCGGCGUGCUUCAAGGAAGCUACCGCGUCCUCAGUGACGACGCCUCCUCCGCUAGUGCCGACGACCUGCUCGGAAGGUGCUGUUUCCGGUGCAGUUCGCGAGGAAGGACCCCUGGACCUCAGUGACUGUGGCUCGACGCGCCGCAAACUGCAGCAGCCCGUCAAACGGGUGCUGUUCAACAGUAGCGCGAUAUCCGCGGAAGGCGGGGGCUUGGCGCUGCCGAGGCCCUCCAGCUUUCCAGAGGCCGUGGUGGACCUCAGUGGUGGUAGUGGUAGUGGUGGUGGUGGUGGUGGUGGGGGUCGCAAGAGCGAGGACGACGACGAUGACGGGCCGACCUCCGCUGCGGAAGACGGUAGGUCGUCCGCGUCCUUGCCGUCUCCUCUGCGCCUGCAAGCGCCCUGUAACGAACCCCCUGUGACCGUGGGCGGUGGCUCGUCGCAUUUUGUUGGCGGCUCGCGGCAGCAUCUGCUACAUCAUCAUCAUCACCAUCACCAUCAGCACCAACAGUUACCGCCUCAUCAGCAUCAACAGUCGCACCCACCGCAACAGCAACAGCAGCAGCAGCAACCUCCAGUUCAGCACCAUCAGCACCGAGCUGCUGACGCUAGCCUUAUGAAGGACUAUGCGGAAAACACGAUGAAGGAACUGCUGAGCAUGUACGGACUGCACGAUGUGGUCGAGUCUAUAACGAAGCACGUGCCUCUGCAUCACUUUUCUUCCGGCAACAUCCUGGAGAGCAUGUCUCCGGGAGCCCUGCUGGGCACGCAAGCUUUUCUGCAAAACAUCGAAGCCGUCGCCAGAGCCAAAGAGCAGGCAGCGGCCGCCGCUUGUGCCACCAGCCAGCACCAGCAGUCCGGAGGAACGGGAACGGGAACAAUGGUGGGAACGGGCGGUGGUGGCCCUCCCGUGCUCGUCUCCUGCCUCGGCUCUACGGCACCCGGUCCAGGAGGGGCUCUGUCGGCGCCACCCCUGAGCCCGGCCUCUUCGAGCUGCGGCAGCACGGGCGCCUCGCUGACCGACGCGACCACAGCGUUGUCCGGCCGCGGCGCCCUGCCCCCGCGGCUGUCACCCGCGCCGGCGGCCCCGUGCUCCGCUGACGUCAUGGGCAACAAGGGGACCGUGUCCGCCGGUUCCAUUCCCGGUGACGUGGCCAACAAGGCGCUGCAAAUCGCCGGCGCCGCGGCCCAGUCUCUACUCGGCAGUCACGCGCAGGCGAUGCUUCCUCAGGACAUGGCUACCACUCUGCUGACGCUGGCCACCCUCGGCGGCAAGAUGGCGCCCGAGGCGCUGAACAGCACCCUCGCCGCUGGCGGCGUUCUGGCCAACGCUCCCGUCUCGUCAUCGUCUUCCAGCGGCGGCGGAAGCAGCCCGCUCGCAGCGGUGCCUACCAUGAGCCAUGCGGCCGGUGAGUUUAUCACGAGAAGAUAGCUUGAACGGAAGAGAAAGCAAGCAAAAAAAAAAAAAAACAUAGGACAACAUUUACGACGAGACUCUUGCCUCAGAGGCUUUCCACGUAUAUCCUUGCAAGAACCAUACAUGAUAAUCAAUCGCAUGUCAACAGAAAGGCCACUCAAGGUAACAAGAGCUCAACAGGAACAUAGCAAUAUUUUUAUGACAAUUUUUGGAAUCAUAUUCAGACACCACACGGGAAACGGAGCUAGAACACAAGAAACGCAGCUAUCCUUCGUUAGACAAAUGGCUCGAAAAAGGAGAGCGUUGUAUGGACUGUUUACCUGCACCCCGCAAAUGUCGCCGAUAGAAGCUCACCUAUAGCUCACCUGUAA